CGUGCGUGCGUGCGCGCGCUGGAUGCUCGCGUUCCCGGGAAGUCUGGACCGUGGCCAGGUAACCCCUGAGGGUCAUGCACGCUCUGUUUGCAGUGGGUGUCGAAAACAGAGGGGUGGUUCUGGAAAAAAAACCUCGUUGAACAGCUGAACUCCCCAUGGUAAACUUGGCUACGCAGCACCGCUCUCUCCUCCCUCCAGAAAGGAAACGCUUUCCAGCGGCUUUUAUUAUUCUUAAAAUUCUUUUUAUUGUUGUUAUUUUUAACGCAGACCCCUCCUUGCGCGGACGUCGCCUGAGGGUGGCCGUCUGUCGGAGGUGGGGGACCCUGUUUACCGAUCUUUCAAGCUCUGACGUCAGGGAGGCCUGGCCGACACGGAAAACUGAUAAUAGGGUGGCGCUGCCUUGUCUUUUGUGUGUCGAGUGUAUGCGGAAUGGAAACGGUUUCCACCGACUUUCCCUUGUUUUCGCUUUUGAAAAACCUGCUUCGUGCGCUACAGGACAAAUGAGGAAUUAUUUUCAUACUAUAUUUAGCGUGGAGAAAAUUGAGAUGCCUUGCCGCGUUACCGUCGCAGAAAGUUCGGUUUUACGCUCGCCUUGCGCGUUCUUUCAGCUGGCGGGUCGCGGUGAGCGUCCAGCUGAUCCCCCGUAUAGCUGAAAGCCUGUGGCGCGUGCAACCCGGAUCCCUCCUGGUUUGUGAUUGCAUGCAGACGUGGCUGGGGAAAGGAGACGGUGUCCUCUGUCCUGCGUCGCUGUUCUGCCUCCCUUCAUCCUGUGACAUCUCCCAGUAUGCCAGCGUACCGGAACGGUUAUUGACGAACGCUUCCCCCUCCACCCCCCGACGGGGACGUAGUGUACCGUACUUCGCGCUGACUGGAAAGUGGCGUCAGUAGACUGACCACACCGCUCCGAGAAGCCGCCCCGCGAUUGGCUCGAUGCGGCAGCGCUCUACGGUGCCGUAGGGCGACCGUUUAAUCGGCCCAUUCCUUUUGUAUGCACCGUGGUGGAGCUUCGCUGCUGGGAACUGCAGUGAUAUCCCAGCUUCCAAUGUGCUGAACUAAUAGCCCCCCCCAUGUUGGGACAUGGGACACUACUGCCACGCAGUCACUCCUGGCCCAGGUGUGUGGCACUGCUUACUGGCAUUAGCCGUAAGCCUUGAAGCAAAGGUUAGUCCCAGGUGUGGGUGGGGAGAGGCCCACUUGCAUGUGUCGGUUUUUCAGAAAUUAUUUCUUAGUUUCGCUCAGUGCAACUGAUCGAGAUGUUUUUGCCGUUUAAAUAAAAUUGGGGGGGGGGCAGUUAGAAAGUAAGUCUCCCACGUGGUUGCAUUUCCGAACACCUGCGUUUGAGGAAACUGAAACUGGACUCGGCACCAAAAGGUUGCAGGUUGAGAUCUUUGAGGAACAGCUGCUGUACAGCUGAGCGAGACGCUUACCCUGAGCUGUGUAAAUAUUAUUCUGUGCAACGGUGCCAAGGGUAGAAAUGUGGGCUUUGUAAGCGGCUCGAAGCGAGGGGCUUAAAACCCGCAGUGUGAUGCGAGGCUAACGACAAUGUGCUCCAAGCAUCCACGAGGUGGCAGCAUGAGGACGUGCAGUGUUUUUGUUUUCCUCUUUCGCAUCGCUCAGCAAGCUGAUGGCCAAGAAUGUCGACGACUAACAACAUAGCACAGGCCCGGAAACUGGUGGAGCAGCUGCGGAUCGAGGCAGGGAUUGAGCGCAUCAAGGUGUCAAAGGCGGCAGCCGACCUGAUGAACUACUGUGAGCAGCACGCCCGCAGCGACCCUCUGCUCGUGGGAGUCCCAGCUUCGGAGAAUCCCUUUAAGGACAAAAAACCUUGCAUCAUCCUAUAGCUUCGUGGCCAAAUUGCCUCGGCCCCACCCCCCCCACUUGCCCCACACCUUCUUGCUCUACUUACCUUUCCUUUCCCCCAGUGGCUGUCUAGCACGAGGGACUGGACGCAACUAGUCAAACAUUACCUUUGGAUUAAAACCUAGAGCAUUCAGUCCACUGAAGAACCCAAAAUUUUAGAGGGACGCAGAGAACAUGACUCGUGUCUGUACUGACCCCCUGCUUCACCCUCAGACGGGUGGAUGUAUAUAUAUGUGUCAAUAUAUGCAUAUAUAUAUAAAAAGUGAUAUCUAUGUAUAUAUCCAUAAAGUGAGAGAUAAAUGGAUGUAGUGCCGGGGGAUCAGAAUUGAAAGGAUCACUUUUUUGUAUCUGGUGACGGCAUGUUAAAAUAGAAUGUGGAGAUUAUUAGGACAAAAGUAGUCCCUAAGAGACGAGGUUUGCAUUGAAGCUCCAUUCAAUGUAUAGUUCAGCAUGUCGUAGACAGUGAUGUGUGGAAUAUGCGUCUGUUGUUUAGAGGUACGCUUUUCCUGCUAGUUCUUUUCCAUUUCUAUCCAAAGAAAUAAAACAAAAGUGUUGUCAUUUCCAAUGUGAACUCAACGGACUUUUAAAAAGUGACAGCGUUAACCCGAAAAGAUGCCAUUAAACAUUUCCUAAUUUUUGUUGUAUUUUUAUUAAUCAUGUUCUGUAGUUGCAAAAACCUAACCAUGUAGUCAGUUUAUUAAAUGACAGUGAAUGUCAUUAAUAGUGUCAGUAAUGUAAACAGGGGUCGAAUAUGCUGUGUAUUAAUCAUCUAGUCCUACAACUUCACAUUACGGCUGGAUUCAACAGAACAGUGGUAGGAAAUACUGGGACAUCUGUUGCAUUAUUACACUAAGACAAAUGGAAAUGUUUUCUUCAUACCUACUUAUAUGAGCCUAAAAUUGUGUCUGUUGCUUACCACAGUAUCUUCGCAUAGCAUUUGCAAACUUCGAGCGUAAUGAAUCGAGAGUAAAUUGUUAGGGACGUAUCCUGUCCUAAUGCCAUGCCGAGUGCCAGCUUGUCACCAGGCCAACACUUGGUACCUGUAAAAGCCUUUCCUUGGAAAUGUGGUGCAGUGAUUUACUUUUUACUACUCCUUCACGCUGCCAUUUCUGUUGCCAAGAAGAAUUUGCUUGAUAAGGAGGCUUUACUAUGAGUGGCAAGUAUUUCUUAAUUUGCAAAGAAUGAACGUUCAAAGUAACCAGGAGUCAUAUGGUCUGUGCUUUUAAUUAUCUGAGCGGAGUAUUUGAAUUAUAUUAGUUUCUCGGGUAUAUUCAGCCUUAGUCCUUCCCCCAAGGUGGUAGUUCAGUGUAUUGGCAUUAUUCUCAUCGACAGUAUUCAAAAUAAAGUUAAAAGCCGAAAACUGAGGAGAGGAAACCCAGUAUUUCUAAUGUGUCUCGCAUGCUGUAAUGAUCGAAGUGGAGAUUAUCCUUAUCAUAUUUUUUUGGGAAUUGUGCCAAUACAAACUUGGAUGAAACACAACUAUGACACAAGUCAUGAAAAGAAUAUAUGGAAAUUUUCAUUGUUGUGCUGGGUGGAACAAAGCAGGCGUUGGCCCAGCUGACGGCAGAAGUGUGCGCAGAUUAGGGGAGGAGUACUGUUGGAAUAAAUGGGUUGUGCACAGUUUUGUCUGUAGUAGCGACCUUAUUGUAGCAACAGGGGAACCGGCACUACCCAGAGCUCCAGUUCAAUCAAGGGGCCCCUCACUUCUGAAAUCUUCGGUAUUUGUUCCUGGUUAUGCCUUCUGUCUUUAUUUUGAGACUAAAAUUGGUCUGCGAAACAACAUAUGAUCAAUUUUAAAGCAAAAAAAAAGGGUUAUUUGUAGACAUACUUAUUGUCACAUCUAGAAGUCAAGAUGACUGUAGGUUUUGUUUGUUUACUUUACUUUCCUUAUAGAGCUGGUUUUCAGGUCUGGUUGCUGACUGUACGAUGCUUUCCACAGGUGCAGGAGGAGCCACCUUGAGAAAGUACUGCUGGAUUGCUUUUCACUGCUUCAUCUCGUUGCAUGUCCUCUUCUAUGUAACAUACUAAAUGUAUAGGAAAGGAUGACAGCCAGUGAAUUGCUUUGCCUUUUCAUUAUAAAUUUUUUUUUUUUUUUUUUUUUUUUUUUU